CGUUGAAAGCUUUCUGGGCCCCUUGCCCACCACUCCCCGGUCCCACCUCCCGUACCUACGCCAACGCCGGUUCGCAUGAGAGACGGAAGAAAGAGCCCAGGCAAUGCCAGACAGAGACACUAAUACUUGCAGCUCCAUUCCCAACAUUCUCCUUUUCCUCUUCUACAACCUAGACAAACUCCCCCCCCCUCAACAUCAUCACUCUUCGAACUAUACAGCAUCAUGGACGUCCAGACUGUCGAGUUCAAGCCUUUCCAGGACCAGAAGCCCGGCACUUCUGGUCUUCGCAAGAAGGUCACCGUCUUCCAGCAGGCUCAUUACAGCGAGGCCUUUGUCACGAGCAUUCUCCUGUCCAUCCCCGAGGGCGUCGAGGGUUCUUUCCUCGUCAUCGGUGGUGAUGGUCGUUUCUGGAACCCCGAGGUUGUCCAAUUGAUUGCCAAGAUUGGUGCUGCCUACGGUGUCAAGAAGCUGCUCAUCGGCCAGGACGGCAUUCUGUCCACUCCCGCUGCCAGCCAUGUCAUCCGCAAGCGCAAGGCCACUGGUGGUAUCCUCCUGACUGCCAGCCACAACCCCGGCGGUCCCAAGAACGACUUCGGUAUCAAGUACAACCUUGCCAACGGUGGCCCCGCCCCCGAAUCCGUCACCAACAAGAUCUACGAGGCCUCCAAGACCCUCACCUCCUACAAGAUCGCCAACAUCCCCGAUGUCGACAUCUCCACCAUCGGCACCAAGACCUACGGCUCUCUCGAGGUCGAGGUUGUUGACAGCACUGUCGACUACAUCGAGAUGCUCAAGGACAUCUUCGAUUUCGACCUCAUCAAGAAGUUCUUCCAGUCCAACCCCGACUUCAAGGUCCUCUUUGACGGCCUCCAUGGUGUCACUGGUCCUUACGGAACCGCCAUCUUCGAGAAGGAGCUCGGCCUCAAGGGCGCCACCCAGAACUGCGUUCCCAGCCCCGACUUUAACGGCGGUCACCCCGACCCCAACCUGACCUACGCCCACUCCCUCGUCGAGGUCGUUGACAAGAACAACAUUCCCUUCGGUGCUGCCUCCGACGGUGAUGGUGACCGUAACAUGAUCUACGGCGCUAACGCCUUCGUCUCCCCUGGCGACUCCUUGGCCAUCAUUGCCCACCACGCCAACCUCAUCCCCUACUUCAAGAAGCAGGGUGUUUACGGCCUGGCUCGCUCCAUGCCCACCUCCGGCGCCGUUGACCUGGUUGCCAAGAAGCAGGGCCUGAACUGCUACGAGGUCCCCACCGGCUGGAAGUUCUUCUGCGCCCUCUUCGAUGCUGACAAGCUCUCCAUUUGCGGUGAGGAGUCUUUCGGUACCGGCAGCAACCACAUCCGUGAGAAGGAUGGUCUCUGGGCUGUCGUCGCCUGGUUGAACAUCAUUGCCGGUAUCGGUGAGCAGAACCCUGGCGUCACUCCCUCCAUCAAGAAGAUCCAGCAGGACUUCUGGACCGAGUACGGUCGUACCUUCUUCACCCGUUACGACUACGAGGAUGUCGACAGCGAGGGUGCCAACAAGGUUGUUGGUGUCCUCAAGGAUCUCGUCGCCGACUCCAACUUCAUCGGCAGCAAGGUUGGAGACCGCACCGUCACCGGCGCUGGCAACUUCUCCUACACCGAUCUCGACGGCUCUGUCUCCUCCAACCAGGGCUUGUACGCCACCUUCUCCUCUGGCAGCCGCAUCAUUGUCCGUCUCUCCGGCACUGGCUCUUCCGGCGCCACUAUCCGCCUGUACCUCGAGCAGCACAGCUCUGAUCCCAAGACGUACGACCUGGAUGCCCAGGACUUCCUCAAGCCUGAAAUCCAGAUGGCCACCGAGCUACUCAAGUUCAAGGAGUUCAUUGGCCGUGACGAGCCCGAUGUCAAGACCUAGGUGCAUUAUUGCAUGAUUGGGUUGCACUUGGACAAAGGGGAGGGAUAAGGUGGGAGUUUAUCAAAAAAGUAACGCUUCAGUAUAGAGAAGUAGAAGAAAGGCCAGCACCAGGUUUGCUGUGGACGAUAUCACGAUGGUACACGAUUUGCAUAGAUUGAAUCAAUUGACCUAAUCACACAA